AUGCUUCUCUAUUCUACCCCAUUGCAGCACACUUUGGAAGUUCGCUUGCCGGCGGGUCUCUCGUCAGAGAUGGUCACCAUCUCGGUGAAGAAGGGAGCACGACUCGCGGUCGUGGCGGAUCUGUGGCAUCGAGAGCACGACUCGCAUUACGAAUGGGAAGUUUUAUUCGCACAAUCGGACGUCGACAUGGCGUCCAUACGGGCUGUCUUCGAUGUGAAUGGCCAGCUGGUGAUCCAUGUGCGGCGGCGAUCCGGCAUUGAUGGUCUGCCACCGCCGCUCAUCUGCUCGCGUUGA